AUGGUGAUCACUGUGGCGUAUCGUCUCAAUAUCCUGGGCUUCUUCACGACCAUGGAUUCGGAGGCUCCAGGGAAUUACGGGAUGUUCGACCAGAUUGCGUCUCUGGAUUGGAUCCAGAAAAAGAUCCAUCAUUUCGGAGGUUCUCCAUACAACGUGGUGAUCUACGGCCACAGCUCCGGUGCUAUAAGUGUGGGUUUACACUUGGUGAGUCCUCUGAGCAGAGGUAAAUUCUCCAAAGCCAUCGCCAUGAGCGGAGACGCGGUGAGCUCGGUUGGCUCGCCUCAAAAUGAAUUACCGGUGGUCGACAUCGUCACCGAUACGUUUGGUUGUUAUCGACGACCAACGUCAGCGCUGAUGGAGUGUCUUCGUCGAGUAAACGUGACCGCCUUGGUCGAUCUAACUUCCUCUAUCGAGACAUGGGGUCCCAUCGUUGACUACGAGACAAACAACUCCACGGAACCGUUUUUACCUAUGCAUCCAAAAGACAUAUUAGACAGUGGCACUUUGAACUCCGUUCCUUUAAUCGUCGGUUACACCAAUAAUGAACAGGCGUUGGCCUAUAUAGAGUCCCUAGAUAAGGGGGACUUGGAUGGAAAGCUUUCUUAUAGAAAUUUCGAGAUGAUGAUCACUGACGAGUUCGUAUCAUUGGUCCAGGAAGAUAACAGUACCUGUGAACUGAAACCAGAGAUGGUUGCUGAGGCGGUGUUGUUCUUUUACAAGCCUCAUCCGCCGAGCAAGGAUCAAGGUAACCUUCGGGACAGGUACUUGGAUCUACAAACGGAGAAGAAAUACGCAGCUGGGCUCACUCUGUUGGCUGGUAAGGUGUCCAAGGAAAAGCUGGCGUAUGUUUACAGGUUUGACUACAGGCCCAAGACUCAGUCUGUCAUCAAGGAUGUGCCUGAAUGGGCCGGGGUUCCUCACAUGUUCGAGCUUCCAUUUUUCUGGGGACUUCCCCAAAUGACUAACAGCCCUGUUCAAUGGAAUUUCGCCGACAAGAAAAUGGCCGAGGUAGUAAUGGGCAUGCUGGGUAAUUUCGCCAAGAAUGGCAAUCCAGGAAAUGUUAAAUGGGAAUCGUACACCGAAGAAGAUCCUGGAAUCUUAAUCAUCGAUAGAAAUCUCGAUAUGAGCGAUUCCAAUGUUAUUGAUUACAAAGCACUGGCUUUCUGGAACGAAUAUUAUCCGAUGAUUCUUAAAGAGACGAUGAAUAAUUGUUGCAACAUGACCAGUCACUCCACUGCAUGGAGAGAAGCUUCUUAUGGAGUUGUUUUAAGUGGGUUCGCUGUUGUUACGAUGUUAUGGUGCUUGGAAUUGUAGUCGAUGAAUUAUUUAGAUUUCCUUUGCAUGCGUACGAUGGAGCCUCUUCUAUACAAACGUUGAUGAGUUUAGGGCGUCCUGGUUCGUAUUAUCUUCUUUAUAGAUGAAUCUUGUAAUAUAGUCUGUUCUUCGUUCAAUUAAUUCCAUUUUGCGCUCGAUCGGCCGCAUUAUGGCUUGUGUUUUUAUAACGCACGCGAUGGCUGCAUAAAAACAGACCUAAAUGCGAAACGCCGAUGCAUUACGAGCAUCGUUUAGCAUUUUACGUAAAGGUGUAAUAAAUUUAAUUUGGUCGUAAGGACAACGAAAACGCUUAGGACAUUAAAGAAAGGUUGAGAAGGCAAAGUGGUGUAUGUUCGCAGAAAGUUUUCCAGUCUAACGAUUUUUACGCUUCGAACAAUAUUUAUUACGAAACAAAAUCAAAUUUUAAACGGAUUAAAUAUAUAUAUAUAUAUAUAUGAAACUUACACGAUCGUAUAAAAAAAAGAAGGGAAAAAACAGAUCAGGUGUCUAGGUCGUAGCAAUGAGGAGGAGAACCAGAGAGCCUGGGCUUAUUUUCUUUGUUUUCGUUUUUUAUCUUUUUCUUAACAUUCACUGAGAGAUUUUUUAUUAUUUGCUUUAAUACGGAGAGAUAUAGAAAAAACAUAUAUUGUUCGAGAAACAAACGGUUGAUAUAACUUAUGAAUAUUUUGAUGCUUCGAUAAUAAUUAAUAAUAAUAAUAAUAGUAAUAAUAAUCAUUCGUGUGUGUGUCUCUGUCUGUCCGUGUUCUUUUUCUCUUUAUUGUGUGUAUGUGUACUGUCUAUGUAUAAUUAUUAUAUUAUAUAUACAUAUAUAUAUAUAUA